AAAGGUCAGCAGAGUUUGGCAGCCUGGCGGAAGUCAGAGAAGGCUCAACAACGUCACUUCCUUGCCUUUUUUUGCUUUUGGAGCGCUGGCGGGCGCACGUGCUGCCCGCGAGUAAUUUUUUGUUGUUGCAGCCACUCCUAGUGUGGUCGGGUUGCCAUGAGUUUGCCUCUUAACCCAAAGCCCUUCCUAAACGGGCUAACCGGGAAGCCAGUGAUGGUGAAGCUGAAGUGGGGGAUGGAAUACAAAGGCUACCUCGUCUCUGUCGAUGGCUAUAUGAACAUGCAGCUUGCAAAUACUGAAGAAUAUAUUGAUGGUGCAUUAUCUGGACAUCUUGGCGAAGUUCUGAUAAGGUGCAAUAAUGUCCUUUAUAUAAGGGGUGUGGAAGAAGAAGAAGAAGAUGGAGAAAUGAGAGAAUAACAAGAAGAUGGCAAAAUAGAAUGAGAGAGUGGAAAUGAGACAAUGGGAGAAAAAUCCUUUUUGUGUGUGUGUGUGUGUGUUAAUAGAUCUUCAUAGUGGGUGACAUCCAGACUAACCUUCCAUGAGCAGAAGUAGUCUUCAGGGAAGACUGAGUGGAAGUGGUCUUCUGCACGCACACUGCUCCUCUUCAUAGGAGUGUCUGCAGAUGGAGGGUUAAGUCUUGAUGUCGCCUGCUAUAUGCAGGGCUUUUGUGUUCUAGUAAGUGAGCCUACAUGCUCACUUGUCUUAGACAGGAAAACUGUUAAAUGUUGUGGAAGGAAAAUAAAGAUACUAUUUCUGAUA